GGAGCAGGAACAGGUUCGGAGCUGGGGAGGGAAGGCGGGUCCGGGCAGGGAAGAGGCUGGGUCCGGGUGGGAGCCCGAGGCCCCCGGCCGCGGUCCGGCUCGCACCGUCUGGGCGAGGUGCUGGUGUGGGGGGUGAUCCUCGCUGAGCUUGGGGACCCCAGCCCCACUCCUGUCCCCGCAGCCGAAGGACGCCGAGCUGGGGUGGGGGCGGGGGGCGCACACGGAUUUGUCCUCCGCCUCCCCCGAGGGUGCGACCUGGGCUGCAGAGGGUCAAGUCCUCCAUACCAAGGACCAGGCUAAAACCAGAUUACACUGCCCCUCCCUGGGCCCUAUUGACUUAAAGCAGCCACUGUAAUCAUGGGCAAUAUCUUUGGGAACCUUCUGAAGAGCCUAAUCGGCAAGAAGGAGAUGCGCAUCCUGAUGGUGGGCCUGGAUGCUGCCGGGAAGACCACCAUCCUCUACAAGCUGAAACUCGGGGAGAUUGUCACCACCAUCCCGACCAUUGGGUUUAAUGUGGAGACAGUGGAAUAUAAGAAUAUCAGCUUCACAGUCUGGGACGUAGGUGGCCAGGACAAGAUUCGGCCCCUCUGGAGACACUACUUCCAGAACACCCAAGGCUUGAUAUUUGUGGUUGACAGCAAUGAUCGGGAGCGAGUGAACGAGGCCCGGGAAGAGCUGAUGAGGAUGCUGGCGGAGGAUGAGCUCCGGGAUGCUGUGCUCCUUGUGUUUGCAAACAAACAGGAUUUGCCGAAUGCUAUGAAUGCUGCUGAGAUCACAGACAAGCUGGGGCUGCACUCCCUGCGUCACCGCAAUUGGUACAUUCAGGCCACCUGUGCUACCAGCGGGGACGGGCUGUAUGAAGGCUUGGACUGGCUGGCCAAUCAGCUCAAAAACAAGAAGUGAGAGCCAGGCAGCCCUCUCUGACUACCCCACCCACUCCUGACACACACCUGCUGUCUCCUUACCCCAAUUUUCCCUUCUUCCUCUUGAAAGUGGCCAAGGUCCUGGGUAUCAUGUCCACAUGCCCAGCAAGCGCCUUGCCUUCCUCCUCCUCCUCCUCCUCCCUCCUCCCUCCUCCCUCCCUGUACACUGACACGGUCAGCCCCCAACUGCUGUCCUGAUGAUGAAUCAUUCCAAUUUACUGGAUUUAAAACAGAAUGAAGCUGUUACGGUUUCGUGGGGUGGUCCCCAUUGGUUUCAGGAGGAAGAGUGGGGUGUUCUCUGUUUGCUGUUUGGCACUGGUUGCUGUGCUCUUGGCAUCUGAGUCCCUUCCCUGUGUCCCUGGCCACUCUCCUCCCUGUCUUCCUUUCCUUCUGAACCCUCUCCUAUUCUACAUGGACAUUGCACGGGCCUCUCUGUGUGUGCGUGCAUGUGUGCGCCUGUAUAUAUGUGUAUAGAGAGAUAUAUAUGUAGGGUCAGGGGAGGGAGCACAGCGCAGCUCAGGGCUUACAGCCGGGACACUGCGCACUGGAACCUGUCCCCUGCCCUUCUGUGUUGGUGAGAUAAGGGGAUGUGGGUGGGUCCCGUUGUUUUCCUCUCUGCAGGUGGCAUUCCUGGAUGUUGGGAUACAUGAUGGGCGCCUUCGGCCAUCUGUCUUACCUUUCCUUCUCCACUAUGAUGAGCACACGAAGUGGCAUUGGUCUCUGGGUGACUGUUCCUAAGGAGCUGCCGUGCUACUCUGCCUCAUUAGUAGCCCACUCACGCUAUCAGUCUAGAGUGUUGUAUUGAUCCUCCCCCACCGUCCUCAGAUCUGCUCCUCAGGAACUCAGAGGGAGGUGGGUUAGUGGGACCUGCAUGUAGAGGUGGACAGUGGUCGGGGAAGGCCUAGUUUUCCAUCUUACUGUCAUAAGGAGGAGAAGGUAAGGCAUGGAGCAGUCCUGUUCCUGCCUUCUGGUCUGUCAGAGAUCUUUCCCCUUAGUAGUUCUGCUGGCCUGAUGAGGACUGACCAAGUGGAGUAACGAGAAGCCAUGGACUGGGGGUAACAUAGCCGACCUCAGUAUCAACUCCCUGUUCUUCAGUUCUCUGUCUAGUUCAGGACCAGGAAAGAUGAGUUUCUGUUGUCCUCGAUGUCCUGUCCCCCUCCUUCCUGGCAGCUUUCCCCAGUCCUCACCCUGUCCUGAAUAGGUCUGUGGGGUUGGAGUAGAUGCCGUAGGACCCUGCAUGGCUGAGCCUGGAACUGUGAUCUUCAGGGCCCUCCCUCCCUCCAUCCUCUGCUUGUUCAGCUGCUGCUGCAGGUCUGUAGAGGGCGCCUAUUCCAGAAGAUCUGACCUGGGUCCUGACUUGUCACUGCACUGAAGCUGUGGCUGUUCUGUGGGCUCCUGUGUGUGCUGGCUGCGCCCUGAGCUCCAAAACAGCUGCCCAUAACCUCUCUGCUAAGGUCAGGACCCUGGGCUCUCUGCAGCUUGGCCAAGGGACUCUUCCCAGAGGCCUGUUCUGAGUUCCUCCACUCAGUGGCCAGGUUUCUUGCCACCUUUGUCUAUAGCAGGCAGAUAGGUUCCCC